UUCGCGCAUCCGAUCUGAACAUCACGAAACCUGACUCCAAUCUGAUCUACAAAAUUGGAGAGGAAGUCAGUGUGACCUUUGACAUGGAAAUUUACAACAUUGGGUGGGAUGAAAUCAAAGCGACCAGCGGAACGUCGAACUACGCAUUUUUUGCGAGUAUCUCCGAUACAUCUGAUUUGCAAGACGACAACGCCACCGUCGUCCAAUACGACGUCGACGUCAAAGACGCGUACGACCUGACUGUGGGUAUACCGUCAUUUGAAUCGAUUACGAUACGAGAACUCAAAGCAGACAUCAUUUUCCCGAGUGAAGACUGCUACAUGUAUCAGUAUAUCUGUAUGACUGUAUCAGCACCGAAGGCUGCUGCAUAUAUCGAUGGCAAUUUAACAAACAGUCAUUAUUGUCUUCCGUUUGGUGACGUAGAAGACGGAUACGGCGGAAAUUCACCGUGUUCAGGUAGUGCAGUCAAGUUCAGUAUCGUACUUCUCCUGACAGCGGUUCUUAUGUCAUUAUUUGGAUAGGAGAAUAUAUCCGUUCUUGCGGGUGUCGCAUGUGGGCGCUAUAGACGUAGACAGGCUACCUGCGGCAGAACGACUGAGCAUUCUCCCUGACUUGUUGAUGACAUUUCACACGUUGCGUCCUCUACGUUCACAGCAGUAGAUGAUAUGUACUAUGAAUUGAACACUAAUAUACUAUGCCAGGAAGAUUUAUAAAUACUGCUUUGGUUUGUCAUAUACUGAGUUGACCAUGGUUUUCUCUCUUUUGUAUUUGAACUUUAGUUAAAAAAAACUUUGACAUUAACCACAUUUCUCGACAAGGAUUUUUAGAAGGUAUAAUGUAGCCCCGUCGAUGUGUAUUUAUUUGCGAAUGCAUAAUUUUGAUAGCACUGAACAAACACGUGCUAUUGGCUUAUUUGUCAUAUUAUUCCAAUCUAUGAUUAUUUGCUAUUGGUCAAGACCCUUUAACUUCCCGGCCCAAUACUGCAAUUCGGCUUUAAGAAGAAGUUAGGCGGUCUUGGGUAUUAAAUGAAGGUAACAACGAUAGCGACCAAAUCGCAAUAUGGCACUGUUACCCGAUGUGUUAUAUCUAGCCCUGAAUUCGACAAUUGCCAAAGAAAGAUAGGGAGAGAGAGAGAACAUUUCUCCGAUUUCGACGGACACUAGCCAAAAAAAGAAUUCUCGGCUUGAUGUAAUUUAAAUUGCAAAUGUGAAUAUCUGUGGAAUUCUGUGAUAUUGAAUAUGUCAGGGCACUAAAUUAGGAGAAUCGAUUUACUUUAUUUAUAUGUGUAUUUAUUUGUGGUAGCGUAUCUCACAUUUUACGUUGAAUUCACUCUUGUAUUUCAAAGUUCAUGACUGGUUUUUGAAUUCUGUGCGUAUU